GACACCGGAAGUGUAGCAUUUUGUGUUGCCAGAAAACAGAAACGCAUGUGGCUCGGUUUUAACUCACUGAUAUAAUCAUCUCUCCAAAGUGAUUUUAGCUUUUGUCAAACUGCCUAGAAACUCUAUUUGCUUUAAGAGACACAAUUUAUCUUCUUUCUUUCAAGCUGGCGAAGUAGCCUUCGUUACUCCGCGUUCAUAAUGUCACAGGCCACCAAACGCAAACACGUCGUCAUGGAAGUGUUUGGAGACUUUGUCACGCCAACAGAAAACCAGCAGAUCGUGAAGGUCACUGGUAGCCGUGGUAACAACCUCCAUGAAGCGGUCACCGCCCAGGGUGUGACGUUCCUGGUGAGCAUGCCCCCCAAGUUCCGCAAGAACCUGUGGAUCAAGAGAGGUGAUUAUGUGAUUGUGGAUCCCAUUGAGGAAGGAGAGAAGGUGAAGGCAGAGAUCAGCUUCAUUCUCUACAAAGAUCACAUUCAGAACCUGCAAAAACAACAGCUCUGGCCAGAGGGCUUUACGGAGGAGCCGCCGGAGCAUGACAAGACAAACGAACAGCAGGAAAAGGAUAAGGAGGAGCAAGACGAAGAAUUCAGUGACUCUGAAGAUGAUGAGAGCGACCUCUUUGUAAACACCAACCGCUGUAACUACCAGUACAUUGAGAGUGAGGAGGAGGACAGUGACGAAGAAGAUGAUGACAAAGAGAAAAGGACAGAAAAUGGUUUGUAGUGGCAGCACUGAGGAGGACACAGACAAUCGAGAGAGAGAGAGAGAGAUAGUUGUGGAAAUCAUGAGACGGCGUGCUGCUGCCAUCACUGACUUUGUGAUGAUGGUUUGAAAUGUCGAUCCUCGUGCAACAGCUCGCUCUGGACAGCCUGUUGUAGACGCCAAAGGGCUGGGCUCAUUGAAUGGACGUGUACUUGAAGAACCAGUGUGCAGUAUUUAGUGGGAUCUUCUGGCAGAAAUGGAAUAUAAUAUGCAGAACUAUGUUUUCAUGAGUGUAUCAUCACCUCAAACUAAGAAUCUUGUUUUCUGGGGCUGGCUAAAAAUGUUGGCAGAUGGAGGAUCAUACUUUAACACAAGAAAAAGCAAGGGAGCAUGAAUCCUCGCCGGCCAUCGCAGGUUAUUCUACACACUUGGAGAAGGAGGUGGGGGGUAUCAAGUAGUUCAACGCUAGAUUCCACUAAACCCUACACACUGGUCCUUUUUAAUGGUUCAAAAUAAGUAAUUCUUGUUCUAUUGCUUAUAAAAAGCAGAAGUCAGUAAUGUCGAACUUUAACUAAACAUUAUUAAGAAUCCCAUUUCAGUUCCCAUGAACUUUCAAUGUCUUUCUAAAAAAUAUUUUCUGACCUCCAGUGCAGCCUUUACUGUAUUGCUAGUACAUUACAUACAUACUGUACAUCUGCAGGAUAAUGUUAAUGUUAAGUGUUGAUUCAUCCUACAUAGGACACAAUAAAUCUGUUAAAAACUAAAAUUGCAUCACUCAAAAGCUUGACACCAUCGUUGAAACCUUUCUUUACCUUUAGUUGUUGGGUUUGAAGUCCGAGGUGUGAUUUUAAACCCUUUUUCACGGCUCUGAAGGAUAUGGUUUUGACUCGCUGGACUCGUACAGCUCUUUUACAGGGCUCCUUGUGUUGAUUUGAUUUUCUGAUGAAUUUCAAAUGUGUGCGUCAUCUUCUGACUUUUUCACAAACAAAGAAAUGUCAAAAAUAUUCUUGUUUCAAACUGACCAUGUAUCACGCUGUUGUAUUGAUUGCUUUGAGCCAUCUUGUCCUGACAUUCCUUACCCAGUUGCUGUUUUUGAUUUGUCUAAUGAUGAAAGUUUUGGAAAUAGAUCUCCUUGUAAAGAAUAGUUUUUAUUUCUCGUUCAAAGAACCAGCUCUUCUGGAAACAGAAAUAUUAACAGGCAUGAUUAUGAAAUACAAUUUAUUUUCCAAAUGUAUAAAUUCCCAAAAGAUGAGCUCACCAUAUAUAAAAAGAAGAAGCCAUUGAGCAGUAUGCUCGGGGAACCAGUUCUAUAGGAACUUCAUUUGUGACACAUUUUGGCUCUGAUUUGUUUCCUGAAACUUGCUUCAUAUUCAAAGUGAUGCCGAGUGAUUUCUCCUCAAACAUCGUGACUUGAUGCAACAGACCUUAACAAACAUGGCUGUGACCAAAUUCUUAAAAAGUGAAUAUUUUGACAUGUUUGGAUCAGCACAGGGUGACCCAAAGUCAAGGGUCAACCCCCCACCCCAUAUUAAUGCUUAGUAAACAAAAACAAGUUUUAGUAUUAUUUGUAGAUCAUGUUGCACUUGCAUCCUUUCUAAAUGCUGAUCAUUUAUUGGCAGCCCAGAUGAUUUGAUCAACUCCUCUCUUCUCUCACAGCUUAGGGAGAUUUUGUGGAAGUUACACUUUUGCGAUGAUUUAUUUAAAAUCUUGCAUCCUUCUUUUCAUUAAAACUAAUAAUUGCCCGAAGAGCUUGUGAAUUGUAUUUUUAUAUAAAAAUUGUAAUGAAUCUAUAUUAACAGU